UGGGUCCCCUCCCCCAACCUGGGGAUCACUGCUUGCAAGGGGGGAGCUGGUCUCAAAACUAGGAAAUCUUUAGCCGGUGACUGCGUCGGGAGGGUCCUCCCAGAGUUGGCACCAUGGAGCGGUCUCCUGGAGAGGGCCCUAGUCCCAGCUCCAACCUGGUGGACCAGCCCGCUGCUCUCUCAGAGCCCCCUGACCAGCCCCCUGCUGCUCACACUAAGCCGGACCCAGGUUCUGGGGUCCCACCUGCUGGCCCAGGCGCGGCGGGUGAGGUGCUGGCGGUGCUGACUUCCUUCGGGCGACGAUUGUUGGUGCUGGUACCCGUGUACCUGGCUGGGGCAGUGGGGCUCAGCGUGGGUUUUGUACUCUUCGGCCUUGCCCUGUACCUGGGUUGGCGCCGGGUCCGCGACGAGAAAGAGAAGAGCCUUCGGGCAGCAAGGCAGCUACUGGACGACGAGGAGCGGCUCACAGCAAAAACCCUUUAUAUGAGUCAUCGAGAGCUACCUGCCUGGGUCAGCUUCCCAGAUGUGGAAAAGGCUGAAUGGCUAAACAAGAUUGUUGCACAGGUUUGGCCCUUCCUGGGCCAGUAUAUGGAAAAACUUCUGGCUGAAACUGUGGCCCCAGCUGUUCGGGGAUCUAACCCUCAUCUGCAAACUUUUACAUUUACACGAGUGGAACUGGGUGAAAAGCCAUUGCGCAUCAUAGGAGUCAAAGUUCACCCUAGUCAGAGAAAAGACCAGAUCUUGCUGGACUUGAACAUUAGCUAUGUAGGUGAUGUGCAGAUUGAUGUGGAAGUAAAAAAAUAUUUCUGCAAAGCAGGAGUAAAAGGCAUGCAGCUACAUGGCAUCUUGCGGGUGAUUCUUGAGCCACUCGUGGGGGACCUUCCUAUUGUGGGAGCUGUGUCAAUGUUCUUUAUUCGACGCCCGACCCUGGACAUCAACUGGACAGGGAUGACUAACCUGCUGGAUAUCCCAGGACUUAGCUCACUCUCUGACACCAUGAUCAUGGAUUCCAUUGCUGCCUUCCUUGUAUUGCCCAACCGACUAUUGGUGCCUCUUGUACCUGACCUUCAAGAUGUGGCCCAGUUGCGUUCCCCUCUGCCCAGGGGCAUUAUUCGUAUUCAUCUGCUGGCUGCUCAAGGGCUGAGUUCCAAGGACAAAUAUGUGAAGGGCCUAAUUGAAGGCAAGUCAGAUCCCUAUGCACUUGUGCGUGUGGGCACCCAGACAUUCUGCAGUCGUGUCAUCGAUGAGGAACUCAACCCUAAGUGGGGAGAGACAUAUGAGGUGAUAGUACAUGAGGUCCCAGGGCAGGAAAUUGAGGUGGAGGUGUUUGACAAGGAUCCAGAUAAAGAUGACUUUCUGGGCAGAAUGAAGCUGGAUGUAGGAAAGGUAUUACAGGCUGGAGUACUGGAUGAUUGGUUCCCUCUACAAGGUGGGCAAGGCCAAGUUCACCUGAGGCUAGAAUGGCUGUCACUUUUGCCAGAUGCAGAAAAACUGGAGCAGGUUCUACAGUGGAAUCGGGGAGUCUCAUCUCGACCAGAUCCCCCAUCAGCUGCCAUCCUAGUUGUCUACCUGGAUCGGGCCCAAGAUCUUCCUCUGAAGAAGAUGAACAAGGAACCCAACCCCAUGGUACAACUGUCAAUUCAGGAUGUGACUCAUGAGAGCAAGACUGUCUAUAGCACCAACAGCCCAGUAUGGGAGGAAGCUUUCCGGUUCUUCCUGCAAGACCCUCGAAACCAGGAGCUCGAUGUUCAGGUGAAGGAUGACUCCAGGGCCCUGACUUUAGGGUCACUAACUCUGCCUCUGGCUCGUCUGCUCACUGCCCCUGAACUUACCCUGGACCAGUGGUUCCAGCUCAGCAGCUCUGGCCUAAACUCCAGGCUCUACAUGAAACUAGUCAUGCGGAUCUUGUACUUGAAUUCAUCAGAAAUCUGCUUUCCCACUGGGUCUGGUUCUUGGGACCUAGACAAUGAGAGCCCCCAGACAGGCAGCAGUGUGGACGCUCCGCCUCGGCCCAGUCACACAACUCCUGACAGCCACUUUGGGACUGAAAAUGUGCUUCGGCUCCAUGUAUUAGAGGCCCAGGACCUGAUUGCCAAAGACCGUUUCUUGGGGGGAUUGGUGAAGGGCAAGUCAGACCCCUAUGUCAAGCUAAAGCUGGCAGGACGAAGUUUCCGGAGCCGUGUUGUUCGGGAAGAUCUCAACCCUCGCUGGAAUGAGGUUUUUGAGGUGAUUGUCACAUCAAUUCCAGGCCAAGAGUUAGAGGUUGAAGUCUUUGACAAGGACUUGGACAAGGAUGACUUUCUGGGCAGAUGUAAAGUGAGUCUCACCGCAGUGCUAAACAGUGGCUUCCUUGAUGAGUGGCUGACCCUGGAGGAUGUCCCAUCUGGCCGUCUGCACUUGCGCCUGGAGCGUCUGACUCCCCGGCCCACUGCUGCUGAGUUAGAGGAGGUGCUACAGGUGAACAGUCUGAUCCAGACACAGAAGAGCGCAGAGCUGGCGGCAGCCCUGCUGUCAGUCUAUGUGGAGCGGGCAGAGGACUUGCCGCUCCGAAAAGGCACCAAACCUCCUAGUACUUAUGCUAUUCUUACCGUGGGAGAGACUGCCCAUAAAACCAAGACUGUUUCCCAAACCUCAGCCCCUGUGUGGGAUGAGAAUGCCUCCUUUCUCAUCAGGAAGCCACACACUGAGAGCCUGGAGUUGCAGGUUCGAGGCGAGGGGACUGGUGCCUUGGGCUCCUUAUUCCUGCCCCUCUCUGACCUCCUCGAGGCAGAUGGGCUCUGCUUGGACCGUUGGUUUGCACUUACCAAUGGUCAGGGGCAGGUGCUACUGAGAGCACAGCUAGGGAUCCUGGCGUCCCAGCACUCAGGAGUGGAAGCUCAUAGCCACAGCUCCAGCCACAGCUCCUCCUCGCUGAGUGAAGCAGCAGAGCUUGGUGGGGGACCCCCUCACAUCACCUCCUCAGCUCCAGAGCUCCGGCAGCGCCUAACACGUGGUGACAGUCCCCUCGAGGCUCCUUCUGGGCCUCUGGGCCAGGUGAAGUUGACAGUAUGGUACUACAGUGAAGAACGGAAGCUGGUCAGCAUUAUUCACAGCUGCCGGGCCCUUCAACAAAAUGGACGGGAUUCCCCUGACCCCUAUGUGUCACUGUUGCUACUGCCAGACAAGAAUCGAGGUACCAAGAGGAAGACCUCGCAGAAGAAGAAGACCCUCAAUCCUGAAUUCAACGAACGGUUUGAGUGGGAACUGCCCCUAGAUGAGGCCCUCAGGCGAAAGCUGGAUGUCUCGGUGAAGUCUAACUCCUCCUUCAUGUCAAGAGAGCGUGAGCUUCUGGGGAAGGUGCAGCUGGACCUGGCUGAGAUAGACCUUUCCCAGGGUGCAGCCCAGUGGUAUGAUCUGAUGGAUGACAAAGACAAGGGCAGCUCCUAGGAGCUGGUGGUGACCAGCCCAACUUGGCUGCCUUCUUGCCUUGCCUCUUACAGCAUCCCCGCCUCCAAUAUGAUGAGCCUAAAGCCAGGGCCCCAGGGCUGAGCCUGUACUCUUCAGCCCUUUUGCCUUUCAGGCCCAUACUAGGGCCUUUGCCUGACCAAAGAGAAGGACCAUAUGUUACCCUUUACUGCAUGGCCUUUAUCCCUUGGGUUCCUGGGGCAGGGACCUGAGCUGACUAUUUCCUGCUCUUUCUGCAUAUUGUUCUCCCUUCCUCCCAACUCCUCAGGGCCUUCUGUACCUGUGCCUGGCCACUGGCAGCACUAGCAGUGGCAUUAGCUUAUGCCAAAUACAGCUUUUGGAAAGAUCUUUCUUCUUUAGCUGGUUGGUCACCUUCUUUGCUACCAUGAUCAGUCAGACAGGAUAGACGUGUGGGAAGGUAGAUAGGCUAAACUCUCAAGCUGUGAGCCUUUUGGACUACUGCAUGUAGCAGAUGUCCAGCAACCUGGGCUCUGUGUCCAGUUCUGUCCUCUCCUUCAUCAAGCCUGCCCUACAAAUACACCUGCUAUAAUUCCUAGCACCAGCCUCCAGAUUCAUUGUCAAUCCAGAACAUGUGGAUUCUACUCAAGCCACCAAGUAGCAAGAUACCAGUCUUGGAGCCCCAAGCUGGUGAUAUGCAGAUGGUCUUAAAGGAUUCGGGACAGCAGGGCCAAUUUUUUGUUCAAGUGCCUAGGUUAUAAACUCAUUGACUAGAACUGAACCUAAUACUCUUAGUUCUGCACCAACUCUGUCAAUCUACUAUCUUAUAUUAAACAUAAUACUCAAACCA